UGAUAUAACCAGCCAUCAUAUGAAGUAAAUGGAGAACCAAAACAAUGUGACAGAAUUUAUCCUUCUGGGACUCACAGAGAACCCAAAGAUGCAGAAAAUUGUAUUCAUUGUGUUUUUUCUUAUCUACAUCAUUUCUAUAACAGGAAAUGUUCUCAUUAUAGUCACCAUAACUUCUACGUCAUUAUUAGAGUCCCCCAUGUACUUUUUCCUGGCUUACCUGUCCUUUAUUGAUGCCUGUUAUUCCUCUGUUAGCACCCCUAAACUUAUAGCAGAUUCACUUUGUGAAAAGAAGACCAUCCUAUUUAAUGGAUGCAUGACUCAGAUCUUUGGGGAGCAUUUGUUUGGAGGUGCUGAAAUCAUCCUGCUGACAGUAAUGGCCUAUGAUCGCUAUGUGGCCAUCUGCAAACCCCUUCAUUAUGCAACCAUCAUGAGUCGAAGACUAUGUAGCCUGCUAGUGGGAGUGUCAUGGUUGGGAGGAUUUCUUCAUGCCACCAUACAGAUCCUGUUCAUUUUCCAAUUGCCUUUCUGUGGCCCUAACAUCAUAGAUCACUUUAUGUGUGAUCUUAAUCCUUUGCUCAACCUUGUCUGCACCGAUACUCACACUCUUGGACUCUUUGUUGCGGCCAACAGUGGCUUCAUUUGUCUGCUAAACUUCCUUCUUCUAUUGGUCUCCUAUGUUGCCAUCCUGCGCUCCCUAAAGAACCAUAGUGCAGAGGGAAGGCACAAAGCCCUCUCUACCUGUAUUUCACACGUAACAGUGGUUGUCUUGUUCUUUGUACCCUGCAUAUUUGUAUACAUGAGACCUGUAGCUACCUUACCCAUUGAUAAAGCAGUUGCUAUGUUCUACACUAUGAUAACUCCCAUGUUAAACCCCUUAAUCUACACUUUAAGAAAUGCUCAGAUGAAAGAUGCCAUUAAGAAAUUGAGUAGCACUAAAAUUCUUUCAAGUGAUAAAUAAACUUAGCUGGAACACAGCAUAAAUUAAACUGAAUCAGAAAAUAAAACAGGU